AUGUGCACCGCUGCUGGACCUUCAGCUUCCCGGGCAUGGGGGAAAAGUAGUCCCUGCGCCGCGCUGCUCCUAGCGGCGGCGGCGGCGGCUCUCCUGGUGCAGCUGUGCGACGCGUUCAACCUGGACACGGACAAGCGCGUCGUCUUCACCGGACCACCGCGCAGCUACUUCGGCUAUUCAGUGGAGUUCUAUGGUGACUCGUCCAGUACCAGUAUUUUGAUAGGUGCUCCGAAAGCCAACACCAGUCAGCCCAACGUCACCGAAGGUGGAGCUGUGUACUCGUGCCCCUGGAGCCAAACUAACUGCAGCAUUAUCAACUUUGACAAGCAAGGUGAUCGAUAUUUUUAUGUUAAUGACGUGAACACUCAGGUUGAGUUCAAGUCCCAUCAGUGGUUUGGAGCUACUGUGCGUUCCCAUGGCAACAACAUCCUGGCUUGUGCUCCCAGAUAUUACUGGAGGACUGAACACGACACACCCUUUGCCGAUGUUACAGGAACCUGCUACCUCUCUGUAGACGGCCUUAAAACUUUUGUGGAAUACGCCCCCUGCAGAACAGAAAGGCAUGGACCUGCUGGACAGGGGUAUUGUCAGGGUGGAUUCAGCGCUGACUUCACUAAGGAUGGAAGGGUUGUGCUUGGAGGACCAGGCAGCUUUUAUUGGCAAGGUCAGCUGAUCUCAGCCACCACAGACGAGAUUGUUAAGGCCUACUACCCCUCUUAUUUUCUGCUGUCAGUUGACGGGCAGAUUCAGACCAAGCAGGUGCAGGGAAGCUAUGAUGACAGUUAUCUUGGUUACUCUGUGGCUGGUGGAGAGUUCAGUGGGGAUGAUGAGGAAGAUUUUGUUACAGGGGUUCCAAAAGGACUCAUGCUGUAUGGUUUAGUGUCCAUAUUAAAUGGAAGCAAUCUGAAGUCUAUGCUCAACUUGACAGGGGAGCAGAUGGGGUCCUACUUUGGCUACGCAGUGGCAGCCACCGACAUCAACAACGACGGUCUUGAUGACCUGGUGGUUGGAGCUCCUAUGUUCAUGCGGCGAGGGACCAAUGGGCGCCUUGAGGAGCUGGGCAAGGUGUAUGUGUACAUUCAGAAGGGCCCUUUGCUGCUGGAGCCGAGCCAGUCCAACCUCAUCGGCUCCCAGGCCUUCAGCCGGUUUGGCAGCUCCCUGGCUCCACUGGGGGAUCUCAACCAAGAUGGAUUCAAUGACAUGGCCAUUGGCUCUCCCUACGGAGGAGACGACCAGCAGGGAUUGGUCCUCAUUUAUAACGGUCAUGCUGGCGGAUUGAUGGACACGCCUACUCAGACUCUCUCUGGCCAAUGGGCUUCCAGCUCUUUUCCAGCCAGUUUUGGCUUUUCUUUGCGCGGCAACAGAGACCUGGAUCAAAAUGGCUACCCAGAUCUGAUUGUUGGUGCUUUUGGGGCAGAUAAAGCAGUGCUUUACAGGGCUCGACCAAUAGUGAGCGCCACCGCCUCUCUCACUGUGCAGCCGACCAUGUUCAACCAGGAGGAGAAGACUUGUCGGCUGAUCAAUGAAACCACUGAUGUGUCUUGUGUCAGCAUCACGUUCUGCCUGCUGGCUAAAGGGAAGCACCUCCCCUCUCAUCUAGGCUUUGUGGUGGAGGUUCAGUUGGACAGUGUGAAAAAAACCCAGAAGGAAUCCACGAGGAGGACUCUGUUCCUGGACAGUCAGCAGCCCAGUCUGGUGAAGACCCUCAGCCUCACCAAUGGAGAACCCUCCUGCCAUGACUCCAUGAUCUAUCUUAGGGGUGAAGAGGAGUUUCGGGAUAAACUCUCUCCCAUUCAUAUCAGUCUCAACUUCAGUCUGGAUCCUCAAGCUACAGUGGCUGAGCAUGGCCUCAGACCAAUCCUGGAUUAUCAGACAGUACAGCUCAUAGAGCAGAAGGCCCAGAUUCAACUAGACUGCGGAGAGGACAACAUCUGUGUGCCCGACCUCAAACUGGCUGUAAUUGGUGACAGAACAGAGGUUUACCUGGGCGAUGAGAACUCCAUGAGUCUGAUCUUCAAUGCCAGGAACGAGGGAGAGGGAGGGGCGUACGAGGCGGAGCUGUAUGUGGUACUCCCCCAAGAGGCCGACUACAGCGGGAUAGCACGCAACAAUGUGAGCUUGACUCAGCUGACGUGCAGCUAUGAGGCCGAGAAUCAGACCCGAUAUCUCCUCUGUGAUCUGGGAAACCCUAUGAAGCCUGGUAGCAGUAUCUGGGCCGGCCUUCGGUUUACUGUGCCCAGACUGAAGGAUACUAACACUCCAGUUCAGUUUGAGCUUCAAAUACGUAGUAAAAAUGUAAAUAACUCUGAGAGUGACGUGGUGCUGUACGAUCUGGAGGUGGCCGCGGUGGCCGACGUCAUCCUGCAGGGUGUUUCUCGGCCAGACAAAGUCAUCUUUCCACCUCCCAACUGGAAUAUUCGUCUGACUCUGAGGGAGGAGCAGGACAUCGGCCCUGAGCUUCAGCAGGUCUAUGAGCUGGUGAAUAAUGGUCCCAGUGCGGUGAGCCACUCCACUUUAGAGGUGAGAUGUCCUCUGAGGACCCCCGGCCAUGAGUUGCUCUACCCUGUGGAGGUGGUGACCGAGGGGCCGCUCAGCUGCUCCUCCAGAACAACCAUCAAUGCACUGAAACUCAAGCUCCAGCCUCCAGCAGCAGUGAGUCCCACGUCACUGAAACCCAACAGUGAGCACCACAUCCGGAGGAGGGAGGUGUACAGUGAUCCUCUGGCUGAACAAGGAAACCUGACCUGCUCGACAGUGGAGUGCUGGCAUCUGCAGUGUGACGCUGGGCUGCUGGAGAGAGGAGCCAGUGUGAUCCUGACUGUACGCUCCAGACUCUGGGCUGAAACCUUCAUCGAGAGGGCUUACAAGCAGUAUAUUCUGGAGUGCUCUGUUCACUACAAAGUGGAAAGGAUGCCUUAUUCUAUUCUUCCAAAAUCCAAGCCAAUGGGAUACAAAAAGGUGGUGACGGCCGUGAUGUGGAACAAGCCGGACAGUAUGUAUUCUGUUCCAGUGUGGAUCAUCAUCCUGGCUGUGCUCGCUGGGCUGCUGUUACUCGCCCUGCUCAUAUAUCUACUGUACAAGAUGGGCUUCUUUAAAAGGUCAGAUCCGUACGGUACGACCAUGGAGAAGGCCCAGCUCAAACCCCAGGCGUCCUCUGAAGCUUAGAUCCAAGACGGAUCCUCCCCUGCAGCUGCUCCAAGGAACUGGAAUCACCGUCGCAUUGCCAAACAAAGAAGGAUAAGCAGGCAACCCAUUUAAUGAAGGGAUAUUCUGGGAGCUGUAUCACUGGAAUACAAAUACAAUCUGGUGCUGCACUAAUGACUACAAGGGUGAUGCAGUUGAAUACGCACUGCUCUUUUGGGAGUGAGAUUUAUGAAGCUUCUGGAGAAAAAGAAAACAACACAGACUUCCUCCAUCGCCAAUCCCUGUGGAAAAAUGUUACUUUGGAAAAUCCUCCUCAGAUACAGGAAAACAAAUGCACCUCCAACAAUGGCACUAACGCUACAGAAUUCCUUUAACCGGAAAAUGUGUAUUUGAAGCCACGUUUGCAGCCCAAGUGUUAAAUAUCUUUUGAAAUUCCUGCUUUUGUACAAUGUAUACACCACUUGUUAUUUAUGGCCCAGUGUUUUUCCUGUUGAUUGUUGUACUGUAAUGUCUGAGGGACAAUCCCGGUGAAACUGCGAUGUUUUACUUGAAUCAUUCCUCUCCCAUAUUGGGAGGUAUUGUGUUUGUUGUAAUGUAAUAUAUUGUAUUCAUUGUGUUAUGAUCUGUUGGUGUGGUGGCCCAGAAUAAAGCCUAAUUUUGUAUACCCAUCCAAAAAAACUUGAUUCUAUGAGCAGUGGAUAGUGACCUCAAAGACUGAGACAAUUUUCUAAAUUCAGAUUUAGA